AUGUACCCGCCCGAGCCCUUGACACUGUCGGCCGAAGACGAGCGCACGAUCGAGUCGCUGGCCGACCGCCUCGUGGUCGAGACGCUGCACGCCAGCGAACGCUUUGCCGUGCGCGGGCAGACCGUCGACCCCACGCGCUGGAAGCUCCUCAAGAAGAAGGACAGCAUUGUCGUGUACCAAGAGCUGCCCGGGGCGCGCGCGCGCGAUCGCCUCUGGAGCAAAGACACUGUCGUGUUGUCUGCGUCGCGUCCAUUGACGCCCCAAAGUGGGUACACGACGCCGUCGACGGGCGGACACGUCCUGCCCGUGGCCGACCACGACGACCUCGAAAAGAGUCGGACGUCAACCGCCUUCGCAUCCUUUGGGGCCCGCACGAGCGCCGAAGACGACGACAGUGUGCUGCGCCGCUUCCAACCGGCCGACGUCCCGACGGUGUGCUCGGCCGGGACGUUCCCCGGCUCGAUGGAGGACAUGGCGCUGGCGUUCUUUGCCGACUCGGACGCGCGCACGCGCACGCGGUUUACGUCGAACAAGGACGUGGCCGUGGACGACAUGCGGAUCCUCGCGCGGCUCCAGGGCCCGAGCGCGGCCGACCCGUUCCGCUUCCUCGGGAUCAAGUGGUGCACGAACGCCCCGCGAAUACUCGUCGCGCUCGUGGUCAAGCCGCGCGACUACCUCAUUAUCGAGUCCACUGGUAUGGCGCUCGACGCGAACGGCGAGCGCUUUUGCUAUAUGCUCAACCACUCGAUCGCGCUGGCUGCCGUCCCGGACUUUCGCGCGUUUGGCCUCGUGCGGACCGUCUUCUCGGCCUGCCACAUCAUGCGGCGGCCCAGCGCACUGAACGACGCCGUCCGGAUCUUCUCGAGGGGGUUCUUGCUCAUUAACGGCCGAUUCAGUGUCCGCAGCAGUGCCGCGCAGUUUGCAGAGGGCCUCGCGGUUGUGCCCCGGAUGGUCGAAGAGGCCUAUUCCACGAAACUCGCGUGGCUGAUGGAGACCGCCCAGGCGCGAUCGCACACGAGCAGCAGUGGCCACGCGACGGCCGACCACAACAACAGUAGCUUUGGCAGCAGCAGCUUUGGCAGUAGCAGCGUUGGCAGUCGCAGUACGCGCGGGUCCAAGACCGCUGCCGAGAAAUCGAGUCUCUGUUCGUGCUGCCACGUGAAACUACUGAGCGUGCGACUGAGCAGCCUCGUGUCGACGAGCAGAGGCGAGUGCAGGCUGUGCCACCAGAUUGUCUGCUACAAGUGCACAGUCAAGAAGCUCCUGCCGCUCGAAGGCGCGCGCGGACGACAGGUCAAGACGAGAGAGCUCGAGUUUUGCCUCGACUGCUACUUGAAAGCCAAGCGGCUGUCGGCGUGGCACGUUGCCCUGGCCAUGCUGAACACGCCCCUGCCGUCAUGCAGCACUGACGUUCCUCAGGCAAAUCGAUGA